AUGUACAGCUGGACGAGUGUAGAUUACGACUGGGCCAGUCCGACCAUGAGAGAGGACUACAUCCAGACAAAAAAAUACAUUCCCCAAAACAACGGAAUAUCUGGGAUAAAGGUAUACAGGGACGACGUGUAUGUGACAAUGCCACGAUUCUUUGACGGCGUUCCUGCUUCCCUGAAUAAAAUUGUAACAAAAGAUGAUGGUGAAGCCGUCAUGCAGCCAUUCCCUGACUGGAACAGCCACACCAUAGAUGACUGUAAUUCCUUGCAAUAUGUACAGUCCAUGGAGAUUGACCCAAAUACAGGACUGAUGUGGGCUGUAGACGUUGGUCGGUCAGCAAUAUUCAAACCGAGCGCCACAAGAAACUCUUGCCCCGGCAAACUUGUCGUGUAUGAUCUAGAGACCAAAAGAGAGGUCCUUCGUUAUACAUUCCCUCCGAAUGUCGUAAUCAGAAACAGCAGUUUUCUGAACGACUUGGUUCUAGAUUACGUCGACGGCGCCGUCGCGUAUCUUUACAUCACUGACAGCCUUAAACCUGCUAUUGUGGUGUUUGAUGUACGAGGAAGGCAAUCUUACAGGUUCGAAGACCCUGAAUCGAUGGCGCCGCGAGAAAGCCUACCAGUUGAUAUCGACGGAACACCAUUCGAUCCCAAACUUGGCAUCAACGGAAUAGCCAUGUCGUCGGAUUUUCGUUACGUUUACUUCUCGUCGAUCAACGGGUUGAAUUUGCAUCAAGUUCCCACCAGUGUUCUUCGGAAUCCAGCCUCUAAGAUAUCCUCUGCUAUUCGCGUCGUCGGCGUAAGGCCAUCUCAGUGUGAUGGCAUGGUUUACGGCCAAGAUAACCUGUACUACGGGGGCCUUAACGAUAGCACCAUUAUGCGCUGGAAUGUUGCCAACGACAUCAAAUCGACGCCAAGCGGAUCAGAAGGGGAAGUAACACUGAACACCGUCUGUACGCUCCUAAAGGACACCAAAAAAGUAAACUGGCCCGAUACCAUGGCCAUCGACGAGGAGGGGUACUUGUGGGUAACAACUGCAGAUGCUGGCCGCUGGUUCUUGGGUCGUCUUGACUUUUCGUCCGAGGGACCAGCUAACAUGAGGAUUUUUCGCAUCUUCAUCGGGGAACUAAGCUACCUGAAUGAAAGAAAACACGAAAUGAUAAGCGACGUUAGCCCAGUGACGCUGACACAGAUACUUCUACUUUUCUGCCUUCUUGUAUCGCGCUGUAUAAGCGCGUAA